UCGACACGACGUUGUUGCUCCGCCCAAACUCCCGUCUGUCUCUUACGGGCAACGUAGAUAGUGAGGACGGCCUCUCGACCCUUUUCCGGACGGAGAUUGCGUGGAAACAGACAGACAGACGGCUUCCUUUUCAUACAUCCGCUGCAUGUUCGCGUAACAUGAAAUAACCAAUCAUACAUCCGCCUUUGACCCCGCGCUCCUCAAUUCGGCUCCCCGGUUUCUCGUCCCGGGGGGGAUUGACGUCUUUGGUCUCAGUAUGCCACGCCCAAAGAAGCCAGGGGCGCCAGAGCCAAAACGCCGAAGUCGAAAUGGAUGUUGGCCGUGUAAAGCGCGAAAGGUGAAGUGUGGUGAGGAACAUCCGACUUGUACCAACUGCCAAAAGACAGGAGAGACUUGCGACUAUAGCGUGCGUCUGAACUGGGAGGGUCGUCGGACGAAAAGAUCCCUCUCCUUCGGGACGGCAACAGAGACUGCUCAGCUGCCGGAAGCGCCUCUAGAGCCCCAACAAUCUUCAUUCAGCCAUACGUUUUCCAUCAGUAACUCCGUACCCCAAAUCCACCACAAGUCUACAAUCAGGCGUGCUCAAACCAGCCCAGAGAGUAUUAAACCUGGCAAAAGAAAGCUGGAGCCUCUCGGAUCUAUUGGUGAUGGCCCUAACCAGUCAGGCAACUCUCGUUUUGGUACGACAUGGCAUAGUCGGGCGCAGAUGCUUGCAACAUCCCCCAUUGUUCCCGAACAUGCCGUCACCACUGCACCGGGACCCCGUCGAAUCGUUCCAGAAGUCACCAACACAUUGCAGAGAUCGCACAAAAGGGCCAAGUCGCUAACUGGAUCAAGUGACUCUGAGGGGCUUCGCCAGCACGGUCCCGUCUCUUCCCCAACGUCAUUGACGGGGACUAGUCCUCCGGUGUCUCGUCUUCACUCCGGCACUGGUUCCAUAUCCGCCGGCUCCCCGUUGACGCCAGUAUCAUUGGGGUUUAGGUAUGAGGAUGACACUCUCUCACCAAUUCUGAGCUUGCCUUCACCAGCGUCUCCAGAGAGCAGUCGACUAUCGGUAAACUACUUGUUAUCGGGUUCGCCGAAUGCAUCUCACGGACGUAGCAGAAACACUCCAUCGUCUUUGGGCCCGCCCUUUGGCUCAGCUAUUACUACCGGAGCGCCAGACGAAGGAUUGUUUUACGGGUAUGAUCAUGGCAUCCUGGAUACUGAUAUUGACCAGAACGAUGACUCCGGGGCCAUUCCCCAGAUGGCAACGUACAGUCCAUGCGAUACUGCCAUUUCCAACGGUAUGUACAGCGAGGCCUCGUGGCGUUUCGAAUUCGUACACAGCGCCUCUGUGCGAGACGGAUACUAUAGACAGCCGGUGCCAAUAUGGAUACCACGCAAUGUUCACCCGCUGCCGCCCAAGCUUCGUGAUAAUCCCAUGAAUCUUUUGCGGCAGCAUCACUUUCUAAAUCACACAGCGAAAGUGUUGGUUCCUUACGACGACCCCAAAUCCAACCCUUUUCGAACAGUUCUGCCACAGAUGGCAGCCAGAAACGAUCACCUGCUCAGCUUGCUCCUCGCAUACUCAGCUGCCCAUCGAGCCAGGCUUCUGGGCCAAAAGGAGCCGCAGAUGAGGAUCGCCCUUUGGGUCCAAGACAUUUUCCCGGUGCUCCGACAAGCUCUCGGCGACAGGGAGCAGAUCAUCUCAAACACAAGCCUGGCGACGGCCGUUAUGCUAGCCUCGCUCGAGAUCAUCUCCCCGACGGCGUUCGGCUACGAUAUCCCCUGGCAGCGACACCUCAACCUAGCCCGGGACCUGAUGUGGAGGCGGCUGGCCGACCUGCGCAGGACAGCGCGUGGUUUGGAAGAGGACCGCAUCUGCGCAUUCUUGUGGAGCUGGUUCGCCUACCUGGACGUACUGGGGAGUCUGAGCGGCGGAAUGCCCGACGAGUCCUCGUCGAGGUUCCGGCUGCUCGAGUACAUAACCCACGACACUGGUGACGACAUGCACGAAAUCGACUGCAUUAUGGGUUUUACGACUCGAUGCGUCCAGAUCCUGGCGCAGAUCGCUGAGCUGGCUCGUGUCUGCGACGAGCAACGGCUCGGCCCAGGCGGACCCCCGCCGUCCGCCUGGACGCCGGGCCCGGUCUUUGUGCAACGGGCGCACCAGCUCGAGCAGGAGCUGAUGGACAGCAUGUCGCAGCCGUCACCGCUGUGCAAACACAUUCAGAGCGUCGAGGGCAAGGACCGGCAGGAGAUGAUGCUCAUGAACGAGGCCUUCCACUGGGCCGGGCUCAUCCACCUGCGCAGGCGCGUCCUCGGAAAGUCACCGGGGCACGAGAGCGUCCAGGGUCCGGUGAAGAGGAUCGUCGCGUGCCUGGAGUGCAUCCGGCCCGGCGGGUCCGCGGAGACGGGGUUCUUAUUCCCGAUGUUCACGGCCGGGUGCAAUGCCCUGGACGAGGGCCAGCGGGGCAAGAUAUUAGAGAGGUUCAGGAGCGUGGAGAGCAACGGCAUGACGCAGGUACACAAGGCGAGGGAGCUGAUGGAACAUGUCUGGGUAUCGGGGCAAGCGUGGGAGCCUCUACUGUGCACGGAGUUCGUCGGCUGAACACAGAAUGCACAGAGAGACCCAAGCUGCUUCUAGGGGCAUUUGCGAUUUCGGUCAGUUGAGGCGGCGUUCGGGUGGCGUUCUUGGGGCCGGACCGAGAUGGGCAUCAUUAGGGCACAUCAUGAUACAGGGGCAUUCUGGACGCUAGUUAUGACUUAUGAUCGGCUUCUGUCUACGCGUACUCAUACGGCGAGUGGAGACACUCGAGUAAAUGUCGCAAGGGUUUGACGUAGUAUUCAUAUAGUUUGUUUAGCCACCUCAAGGAUUUGGGGACUUCUCAUCAGCCUAAAUGCCUCAAGUUUUGC